AUGGCCACCUCGUCGUCCUUCUCAUCCAUCAUAGACAAAUACCGGCCGGACCUGGGACCGUAUGAAGAACUAUACAAGCACUGCCACGCCAACGGCGAACUCUCGACGCAAGAGAAAGAAACCGCGGCUCUGAUCACAUCCCGCCUCCAACAGAUUUCCAGCGACUUCGACAUCCGCACAGACAUCGGCGGCCAUGGCCAGAUCGCCGUUCUGGACAACGGGCCUGGCCAGACGAUUCUGCUCCGCGCCGACAUCGACGCGCUGCCGAUCAAGGAGAAGACGGGACUACCUUACGCCAGCACGAAGAUGAUGCGUGACACGGACGGGAUCAAGAAACCGGUGAUGCACGCGUGCGGGCACGAUUUCCACAUCACGUCGCUCCUGGGCGCCGCCGAGACGCUGGUGGCGGCGCGGUCGACGUGGUCCGGCCGAAUCGUGUUUCUCUUCCAACCGGCGGAAGAACGCGGCAGCGGGGCGCGCGCCAUGGUCGACGACGGGCUCUACGACGGCGGCAAACACGCGUGUCCCAUCCCGGACGUGGUCCUGGGCCAACACGUGUUCCCGCUCCCCGCGGGCACGACAGCUACGCGACCGGGUCCUAUCAUGUCCGCGGCGGAUAGUUUCAAAAUCACCAUCUACGGCAGCGGCGGGCAUGGGUCGAUGCCGCAUCGCACCAUCGACCCCGUCGUGAUCGCCAGCCACGUCGUCGUGCGGUUACAGACGAUUGUGUCGCGCGAAGUCCCGCCGGACGAGAUCGCCGUCGUCACCGUGGGCGCGUUGCAGGCGGGAAGUACGGAGAACGUGAUUUCCGAUGAGGCCGUGCUGAAGAUCAAUAUCCGCACCGUCAGUGCGGUGUGGCGCGAUCGCAUUCUGGCAUCGGUGAAGCGAAUCGUCAAGGCCGAAUGUCUGGCGGGCAAUUGUCCCAAGGAGCCGACGUUUGAGGCGACCUCGUCGUUUCCCCUGACGAUCAAUGAUCGCAAGGUCGCGGAGACGAUCAAUCGGUCGUUCACGCAGUAUUUUGGGGACCGACAUGAUCCCGAGAUGGCGAAUGUGUUGGGGAGUGAGGAUUUCGGGAUUCUCGCGUCCGCCAUUGACCGGCCUUAUUGUUUCUGGUUCUUUGGAGGGCAUGAGAAGUCGAAACACGAUGAGAUGGUCCGCAGAGGGGAGGAGGAUAGUCUGCCGGUCAAUCAUAGUCCGUACUUUGCGCCGGUGAUUCAGCCGACCCUGACGACGGGGGUGGAUGCGUUGGUUGUCGCCGCCUUGACAUAUCUGGGGAAGGAGGAGGAGGAGGAGGAUUGGGAGGAUUGGGAGGACUGUCAAGUUGAUUGA